GGGAGUCACGGGAUCGCUGUUGAGGCGUACUGUCACCACAUGCAUCGUGCGUAACGCACCUUUUGCAGUAUUACGCGAUAUCAUAUCCGCCGUCCACUCGUCACCCCUUGGCUCAUCUCCUUCGGCGAUGCGGUACUCGGACGACCCUGAUUUAUCUACAGUCAUAAUUGGACGGUCAAAAUCAGUGCCGCAUAGACGAAGUGUAUCUCACCACCCUAUCGGCCGCUCUUCCCUCCUUCCUCUUCCACUGCCAUGCCAUGUCUCCCGGGUUAGCGGUCUCCGCGAGGAGGGAACGAUAAUGAGGCUGCGACCUCUUCCUACUGCUGCCCCUGCUGCUGCGGGUUCCAUGGAGGAGGCGGCGAAGAGGAGCGGGAGAGGGGAGGUCGACUUCUCGGCCCCGUUCAGGUCGGUGAAGGAGGCCGUCGACCGAUUUGGUGGGAGCGCCACUCCGUGGAGGCCGCAGCCAUGCCCUCAGUUUCUUCUUUCCCCUGAGGAUGUUGAGCUUAUGAAAAUUGAAGAACAAACCAUAAAGUUAGAGAUGGAUCUUUUUUUGAAGGAAAGAGAGACACUUAAUGUGUUGAAAGAACUGGAAAUGACUAAAAAAAUAGCAGAUGGCUUAAAAUUACAACUACAGGGAGAAGCCUCCCAAGUCAUUGAUGAUCCAGAGAAAUAUUCUUGUACGAUGCUGAUGCCUCCGAGUUUCAAUACUCAAGAAAAGUGCUCCACCUAUUCUAAGAACCACAAGGUGCCCGUAGAUCAAAUUUCUGAUCAGAAGCAAACCCCAGUUUCGAUUUUAAGGGAGUUGAAGCAGGCUAAGUUAUACCUGAACAAGACCACAAGUGGUCUUGCUGGAACUCAGAGUUCAGUUGAAUUGCUAAAAAGUGCAAUAGAGGAUGAGAAAAAAUUUCUUAAGAAAACCCGUGAAAAGCUAAACUUAAAUAUUGUUAAAGUAUUCUCCUUGGAACAAGACCUUAGUAUAACAUUGUCGCAAAUAGCACAGAUCAAAGAUGCAAAAAGCAAAGAUUCUCAAAGCCCUACGGACAUGUUGAGACAUAUGGAACAGCUCAAGUCUGAAACAGAGAAGUUUAGAAGAACUGCUGAGGCUGCCAAAAGUGAAAUUUCUAAGCUAUCUGUUGGUAUCCAACGGACAAAGUCUAGUAUAAAGACUGCUGAGGUGAGGUUUGUUGCAGCAAAAAAGGUGGAGGCAGCAGCCAGAUCUGCGGAGGCUGUAGCCCUCGCAGAAAUUAAAGCUCAAACAGAUGGCAAAGAUACAGAUGAGGCACUCCAAAAUACCAACAAAAUUGUUCUUACCAUGGAGGAGUAUGCCGUGCUGAUCAAAAGAGCCCAAGAGGCUGAUGAAAAUUUGCGGAGGAAAAUGGAAGCUGUCAUGACUGAUCUAGAAGAAGCACAGCAAUCUAAGGUAGAUCUACUGGAAAAGGUGGAGGAAACAAAUGCAGAUGUUGAAACCAGUAGAAAGGCACUACAGGAAGCCUUAAAGAAGGAGGAAGCUGCAACCAGUGGUAAGAUCGCAGCUGAAGAAGCUCUUAGGAAAUGGAGGUCCCAACAUGAUAGGAUGCGGCGGUUGUCUCAUCUAACCAACACCAAAUUCAAGAACUCCUCGACUCCCCAUCAAAGGCGCUCUUGGAUUCUUGAUGUAAAUGGACUGAGUAUGAUAACAGCUGGAUCAAGUAGCAAUUCACAUGGUUCCACCCUUUCGAUCGGACAGAUACUGAGCAGAAAGCUCACCGGCCGCGAGGAGCAAGAUUCACGAGCACUUCAAAUAAUCAACGGAAAACCUAAGGUUUCCCUCCGCCAAAUGCUAAGCAAAAGGGAUGACUUCUUGUCUCCUCUAAUGAUCAACGAUGGUGAUGUGCAGAAGCAGUUUUCGGCGAAGAGGAAGAAGCUCAGAGUGCUGGUUCUCUCACUCUUCUUGGCAAAGCGAAAAAAGAAACAGCGCACGAGUUCUCCGGUCAGCUGCCACGGCAAGAAUGUGUGAUCAUUCAUUGCACUUUUAGCUUGUUUGACAUUUUCACAUGUUGAUCCUGUUAAUCUCACUGACAGUUUCGAGCUUAGCUUUGUCAGAAUGAUGGAUUGGAUUCUCUGUACAUAUGAUAUUUUUCCGGCAGUCGCUAAUUCUCCCUGCAACAUCGAUGCUUUUGUGGACGUGAUGGCGGUGAAAUGAAUUCAGUGAACUACUACUGAUCUAGCAAUCGGUGAAGGUGGUGAUGGAAAUCCAUUAUUGGUGAGGAUGCUAUGAAACUACAGUUUCGGCAUCAGUAAUGGACUACCAUCACCCACUUUCUCGAUCUGAGGAGGAUGCAUUGUCAUCGCUUUCCUGUCGUGGAAAACGACAUCCGGGCAUCGAAAGAUUUGGAGGAGCUUUUUGGAGGAGCUUCUUGCAUGCUACCUGUCGCUCAACUCCAACGAGUCCCACGAUGUCAUCGUCAAGGCGUUCGAGCAAAUGACACUGUGAUCUGCUCAUGGCCAUUGGCGUUCGGCGUCGCCCCGCUCGCCAUCUCGUGUCGUAGAACAAGACUGGUAGCUAGGCAGCAUGGCGGAUACGUGGCAAGCUGUGAUUUGUUGCAAAACACAGUCGAGGAUCGCGGGAGCUUGAUGCAACUAGAGCCGUCCGAUUCACGAAUCGUCGUCUAUACGCUCUCUUUAUAUAGCACGGCCGCCGUAUCUUUUCGCUUCGUUUCGUUUCGGCGGCGUACAUUCCGUCCCUCUCUCGCCGUUCACAGAAAGCCAAGCUCUCCGUUGCUUCUUGGUCGAUUGGCCGGACGAUCGAGAGAUCAAAUUUUCGAUAGGUGCUUCUCUGGGUGAUCUGAUUAGGAGCUUGGCAUUGUCAUUCUUUGGGUUCAAUCCCCAUUUUAAUCGUGGAAAACAGCCUUCUAGGAUUCAACUUGAAGUAUAGAUCAGAAAGGAUAUUUAUUCCUGUCAGGGCAGGUUUACAAUUAGGUCAAGUGACUCCGGAAGUUGGCCAGGACCCAAAGUUUCCACCUUUGAGAAAGUUAGGGCUUCUAAAGUUGAUGCGAACGAUGGUGGAGAUGGAGUCUGUGAUUAAGGUGGAAAGUGGUGGGCAUAAAAUUUAUGGGCAGGCUCCCUUGAUGGAAAACAAUAGCCACUCAGAGGAUCGAGACGAUGCAUCUGUUGAACUCAUUGGUAGAAGGGAAGUUUAUCCUGCAACCCCGCCUCCAAACAGACAGAAUUUGGGGUUUACGACCUCUUCUGACCAAUCUGAGGAGCCUGACUCAAUUUUGGGCUGCCAAACUCCAACAAAGAACAUAUUUGAUCCGUUUGCGCCUGGGUCAGAAGAAUUGGUUGUUGCCCCUAAGAAGAAGAUGGUGAAGGGAAAAAUGCAAAUCCCUUCUCGACGGCAGCUGAACUUUGACGACUAUCAUUGUGAUUCCUCUCGAAAAGAUGCCGCCAAGGAAGAUGAGGACCUCCUGGAGUCAUUUUUUCGAUCGUUUCUUGAACUGAUCGUUUCAAAUCAUAUACAAGAAAUAUCUGCCGGGAAGUUGCCCUUUGGUGAAUGCAUCAGGACACCCAUUUCAUUACCUUGGCUAACAGGCAUUGCAGGGACAUGCCCCCCUGCACCUAGGAGACAACCAGGAAGAUCGAGGCAAUUCGGUCCUGAAAUAUGUCGAAAGCUUGACUUUGAGACCGACUCGAGUUGAUCGCAGCAGCUCUCCCAGAUGGAACUCUAGGUGGAGAGGUUUUCGUUAUGUAUGUGUGUGUGUGUCACAAUGACUGUGCAAAGCGUAUUGUUUUGGUUUAACUUCUGUUUGUGCAGGCUGAUGUGCUCCUUGUCGAUGAAUGAGCUGAUCGAUCUGAUUUGUAACAUCGAUUCUGUAAUGCAGAGCCUGGUUUUGUCCCUGCCAAGCUGAGAGAGGAAGUGAAUGGUGUCAUGUAACUUUAAAGUGGAAUUAUACAUGUCCUUUAACAACAGAACCACUACAGCUUUUGGUGGUAGUCAGAUGUUCUGAUCCUUGUGGAUUUUUAUUCUAAUGGAGAAGCCAUGCUUGGAUUCUUA